GAGAGAGAGGAAGAAUUUCCAAACUUGUCUCCAGUGACAGGAGACAUUUACGCUCAGCUCCGCAAGAUAAAACUGCCACUUAGAGCCCAGGAGAGCUAGACCUUCCUGGGUUGGCCUGGGGGCUCCAGCAGAGCCAUGGGUCCUCUGGCCCUGCAGCUGUGCGCCGUCCUCUGCCUGGUGGCUCACUCUGCUUCUGGCAGCCCCAUCAUGAGCCUGGAGCAGUCGCCUCUGGAGGAAGAUAUGCCCCUCUUCGAUGAUGUCUUCUCAGAGCAAGACGGUGUUGACUUUGACACACUGCUGCAGAGCAUGAAGAAUGAGUUUCUCAAGACAUUGAACCUGUCUGACAUCCCCACGCAGGAUUCAGCCAAGGUUGACCCUCCAGAGUACAUGCUGGAACUCUACAACAAAUUUGCAACAGACCGCACCUCCAUGCCGUCUGCCAACAUCAUUAGGAGUUUCAAAAAUGAAGAUCUCUUUUCCCAACCAGCCAAUUUUAAUGGGCUCAGAAAAUACCCUCUCCUCUUCAAUGUGUCCAUCCCUCACCAUGAAGAGGUCAUCAUGGCUGAACUCAGACUGUACACAUUGGUGCAAAGGGAUCGAAUGAUAUAUGAUGGAGUGGACCGGAAAAUUACCAUUUUUGAAGUAUUUGAGGGCAAAGAGGACAAUGAGAGUGAAAGAAACAUGCUGAUCUUGGUGUCAGAGAUGAUCUAUGGAACCAACAGUGAGUGGGAGACUUUUGAUGUCACCAGUGCCAUCCGGCGUUGGCAACAGUCAGGCUCAUCCACCCACCAGCUGGAAGUCCACAUUGAGAGCAGACAUGAUGAAAUUGAGGGCACUGGCAGGGGACGACUGGAAAUAGACACCAGUGCCCAGAAUAAGCAUGUCCCUCUGCUUGUCGUGUUUUCUGAUGACCAAAGCAGUGAGAAGGAACAGAAAGAGGAACUGAAUGAAAUGAUCACCCAUGAGCAACUUCUGGAGCUGGACAACCUGGGCCUUGAUGGUUAUUCCAGUGGACCCGGGGAAGAGGCUUUGCUGCAGAUGAGGUCAAACAUCAUCUAUGACUCCACUGCCCGCAUCAGAAGGAAUGCCAAAGGAAACUACUGCAAGAGGACCCCACUCUACAUUGACUUCAAGGAGAUUGGCUGGGAUUCUUGGAUCAUCGCCCCGCCUGGAUAUGAAGCCUAUGAAUGCCGUGGCGUUUGCAACUACCCCCUGGCAGAGCAUCUCACACCCACAAAACAUGCAAUUAUUCAAGCCUUGGUCCACCUCAAGAAUUCCCAGAAGGCUUCCAAAGCUUGCUGUGUGCCCACCAAGUUGGAGCCCAUCUCCAUCCUCUAUUUAGACAAAGGUGUCGUCACCUACAAGUUUAAAUACGAAGGCAUGGCUGUCGCUGAAUGUGGCUGCAGAUAGAAAAGGAGUUUGUUGCUUAUUUAAUAACUGUAUAUGUGUAUAUUUUGUGUCCCUAUUUAAUAAGAUUAUUUAAUAAGGGUGUACAGAUCAUAGAGGCUUACUGACUUAGGGAAAUGGUCAGGUGAAUCUGUUGUAGGCAAUACAUAUUAUGUUACACAUUCUCAUUUCUUCCCAUCUGUUUUUCUCUGGACUUGCUAUUUCCUGACUAUGUCACCUCUAAUGGCCAGUGUCAAACUUCUACUACUUGUCUUCUAUGUCAAUUUGAAAACAGGAACCCCUAAGCAGAAAUAUAGUAUCAGAAGGUAGAUAUUUGUGUAUGUAUAUGUGUACAUAGAUAAACUUAUAAAACUCUUUUGGUUCUAUAGAGGUACAUUAGACUGACACACAUGCACAACUCAAUCAAAUGUGUAUAUAUCAAAAGCCAAUGGUACGUUCUUAGUCACCUCUUCUCUGAGUGGGAUUUAUGUGAAGAUAAUUUGCACCAGGAAUUUAACCAUCCUAGGAACUAUUACAUUUUCUAAAUACUAUUGAGAAUAUAGGUGAGCUUUCAUCAGUUGAGUUUCUGCAAUUGUUCAGAGCAGCAGGGUCUGGCAAAGGAUGUUGUAUGUUUGAGGAGGGGUUAUUUGAUGCAGAAACCAAAUGGGUUCAAGAAGUAAUGGCCUUAAUGUACAAUAGCAAGGAGUAAACCCAUGGGGGUAUCAACAUGCUCUGGAGGGUAGUGCCUGGCCAAUAAAGGAAAACAGUGGGGCUUCAGGGUGACAUCUGUGUCUGAGAUAAGAGGAAAGCAAAGCCAAGGUUGGCCUUUACUGCUGCAGGGAGUAGAGGAGGUGGGAGGGGGCAUACAGGGGAGGAGGGGAAGAGAAUCUAGAUGUUAUCCUAGGAUGUACCUGUGAAAUUAUAAGCAGUUAUAAUUGGAGAAUUAAAUCUUUUGGAUGAAAUAAAAUUUUCAAAGAACAAGAGGAGAAAAAUCAGAAGGGCUCUGCCUGUUGGACUCUUCACUUCUUAAUAUUUUUCUUCCAUCCUUAAUAUUUCUCCUUUGCCUCUGCACUCUACAUUUGUUCUGUCCACCUUUUUCCUUCCUCUCUCUUCUUUUCCCCAGAGCCUCAUGUCCUUCUUCCACUCCUAUGUCCCUUGACUUCACGAGCCUUCAUUGCUUCUGCUGUGACCUGGAGGGACACCUAAAAGCAUUUCUUUCAAGAUUAAUGAAGUUAGAGCUCUAAGUUCCUCAUAGCAUUUAAUUUAAUUUGCUUUUUAAUAAUAUCAUUUAUGAAAUGGCUUGUUUGUGAAGCAUUCUUAAGCAUAAGAAAAAGAAAAUAAAACUCCAAAUAGGUCCACCUAAGUAAUGAAUUCAUAAAUACACACAAGCAAAUGACUAGAAAGCUAAGCCUAAACUUUGAAGUCAGGUUUGCCCCAUGGUAGAAAUUCUAUGGCCUUCCCAUUCUGAAGUCCUCCCAUUUUGAAACUGGGAAGGACUAAGGGACUGGGAAGUAUUGGCAGGAACGGUCCACUGGGUGGGCCAGCAGUUGGCCAGCAGGAAGGACACUGAGACUCUGGCUAUGGUCUUAGCCUGUCCCCACCUCCCAUGAGGGAUCAUGGUCUCUGUGCAGGAAGAACUAGAGAAGUGUAGUUCUCAAACUGUUCUGACACCUCCAGGCAGGAGACACAAAUGGUUCACACUAGAAUGUGGAAUGUGAUUUCUAGUAUAUUGUCCCCCCUCACUGUAUUGCAUGCUUCCUUGAGAAGUCUGACAGGUUUUUUACCCUUGGAAACCAUCAGCCUCCCUUUCACAAAACUCUUGGGGCUAUAAACUCAUAUCACACUGGAAAGCAGAGGCAAGGGAAGCUAUUUUGAAAGGCAUUUUGCCCAAUUUGGACCUCGGCUCUGUACAUCUGGAUGCAUAGAUUCUGAGAGCAAACAGAGGGAAGGUCCUGGUGAACUCACUGCCCUGAAAAAGUGGUAUUCUGACCAUCAGGGAGUGUACAGUGAGUGACAUUUGAGAUGGUCAUGCAAUUCAGGAACAUUCAUUUAUGGAAUGGCCUUCAUAUACAAUGGUG